CCAGGUACUUUUGCUUGUCACCAUGGAUCUCUCUCUGGUGUCUGCGUUCUCAUGGUGACUCCAUUUGAAUUGCAAUCUAUUGAUGAUGACCACAGAUUUCCAAAUAUAUUUGAUUCCUUUAUUCUGUGUUCCUUCUCUUUUCUUCGGUUCUUUCUUCUUAUACUCAGUCUCCUACGCUGCUGCUCCUCUUUUUGUCUUCUCUCCCAAUUUUCUCCUUUUUUUUUUUUCUCUCUCAACAAUAUAUUACUAGAUUACAUAUUAUUAAUUUAGAUUUUGAUUGUUCUACAUGAAAUAAUCGUUCAUAACCAACCAUGAUCUUAAUCCAUAUCUACUCUUGAUAGAGACGGUAUAAAAUUACGUUGAUGGUGUUGAUGGUGUACUUGAUAAAACCUUCUAAUUCUUAAAUUAGUUUAAGAGUGGGAGGAUUCGACUAAAUGCCAAGUCUAUUAGAGAACUAAUGAUCUAAGAGAAUUUUCCUACUGUAUGUGUAUAUAAUUAGCUUUUAUAUAUAUAUAAUUAUCUUUUUUAGUUCUUCACUUUACGGGGCCGAGAUUAUUACUGCCGCCCCGUCCGACUCCCUGUCGAUAUGCCUGGCCAACAUUGGUUCGGGAACACCGUUCGUAUCUUCGCUGGAGUUGAGGCAUAUCGACAACCACCUGGCGUACCAGGACGCGAAUCAAUCCGCUGCACUAGUGUUCCACAGUCGCUACAACUUGGGAUCCCUCACCAACUGCACCCUCAGGUAUCCAGACGAUAAAUAUGAUAGGACAUGGCGUCCUUGCAACGGUUAUACUGGUUGUGUAACAUGGAAUUUUACAAGCAGUUCUUUGGGAAUCAAGACCACUCGUGGUGAUGCUUAUGAGGUCCCAGGCAUGGUCAUGGGGACUGCAACUGUUGCUGCAGAUAAUUUUACAUUGCAUUAUUCCUUGGGCUAUGGCCUCAAUUCGAGUGUUCAAACAACAUUCUAUAUCUAUUUGCACUUUGCUGAUUUCAACUAUUUAAGUGGGAAUGGAAGUAGAAUUUUUCAGGUGAGAGCAGAUGGGGAACCCGAUAGUGACAACAUCAGUCCUGCAUAUCUACUGGCAACUCAUGUCCAUUUCAUCCAUCGGCUGGCGUACCCAGGUUUAAAAGGUUAUUUUAAUCUGACAAGGGUGGCCGGUUCCACCCUUCCCCCCAUCCUCAAUGCUGCUGAGGUUUACAUUCCUAUUAAUCUUUCAGCUGUGGCAACAGAUCCAGCCGAUGCUGAUGCUAUGAUGGGGAUAAAGAAAUUAUAUCAGAUGAAGAUAUGGCAGGGUGAUCCUUGUGCUCCGCAGCAAUUCAUUUGGAGUGGAGUAAAUUGCACCUACUCAAGCUCUGGUACCCCAAGAGUCACCUCAUUAAACCUCUCUUAUCAUGGGUUGAAUGGUGCUGUACCAAAUGCUUUGGCUAAUCUGAAGGCCCUUAACUAUUUGUAA